GCGCUGAUCAACAUGGCGAUGUUAGUGAAAGAGACUGAGCUAAGAGGCAGCCCGUCUUUGGCCAUGAUCCUGGUCAACGCCUUCCAGCUUCUCUAUGUGGUGGACGCCUUCUGGCAUGAGGAAGCCAUUCUCACCACGAUGGAUAUUGUCCACGAUGGCUUUGGCUUCAUGCUCGCUUACGGAGACCUGGCUUGGGUGCCGUUCUUGUACAGCCUGCAGUCAUACUUCCUCGUAACCCACCCCCAGAAGCUUAGCCUGCCUCUAGCUGGGGGCAUUGUCCUGCUAAAUGGCCUGGGGUAUUCCAUAUUCCGUGGUGCCAAUUCCCAGAAAAACACCUUCCGCCGGAAUCCUGCUGAUCCCAGAGUGGCUGGGCUCCGGACAAUCCCAACGGCAACCGGACGGCGCCUUCUUGUUUCGGGCUGGUGGGGUUUUGUGCGUCACCCCAACUAUUUAGGAGACCUCAUCAUGGCUCUCGCGUGGUCCUUGCCCUGUGGAUUCACUCACAUCUUACCUUAUUUUUAUAUCAUCUAUUUCACCUUGCUGUUGGCCCAUCGGGAGGCCAGGGACGAGCAUCAGUGCCUGAGGAAGUACGGGCUGGCGUGGCAAGAAUAUUGCCGCCGCGUCCCCUAUCGGAUCUUCCCCUAUCUCUACUGAGUUCUCAAGCGCCCGUCUCCAAAUGCCCCCGGACUCGUCUCUGGGCACAACUGUGCUCUGGCCUUAGGCCAGCGAGAGAAACAAGACACCAGCAUCCCCUGGCAAGCAGACAGAAGUGUCAGCUGUACACGGCUGUUUCCCAAAACUUUCCUCAACUGACAGGGCUGGAUUGUUUUCCAUGAACAUUCUCCUGCUUCAUUUGCACUGCCUGGAAGAUAUCUUCAUUUGAUGUCCUUUUGUCAGUCUUGAAUUUGUUCCAAUUUUGUUCACAAUAUGAAAAGACCCAAGAAAUGUAGAUUCUGGAGCUGGACUAAUUUCUAUGGAAAUAAACUGAUUUUUAAUGAUUUAUUCUGUUUCUAGAGAAUAAGAGAAGGGAUAUCACUGGAACAAUCAAAGCACCUUGGUGACGUUUCUUGAUCUUCUAACAUUUCGCCAUGUUUGUGCGUGUUCAGUAGGAAGGUCUAACAGCUGAAUGUUUUUUUAAGAGAUUAAAGGGCCAAGAUCCUUGGGAAGUAAGCUUCUGCAUCCGUUAAAACUACAAGCCCUAUUUAUACAAAUUAACAAAGCAAUACUAACUGGGAGGCUGAAAUAAUAGGAGAACUGGAUGUAAUUUGGAGUGUCUAAAAUUUCACUUUUUGAAAACAUGUAUUACAGAGAUUUUCAAAAAGAGACAUAAGAACACUCACUUUUAGUGUUUUUUUAUGGCUUUAACUAAGCUCAGGGCUUUUAAAUUGUAGAAUGCUUUUUUGGGAGGUUGGGGUGGGGUUAACAUCCAUAGAAUGCCAGCUUUUAAAAGGAGAGCAUUUAAAACUCAAAUGUGUUUUUUGCUCUUGAAUAGCAAAUAAUAUGAUGCUGGGAAUAAUAUGAAUAUUCUUUGCAAUGGGAAAUCGUGAGUUGCUUCUUUCUAGUUAGUGAUGAAAUAUGUUUUGAAGGGGAUCUCUCUGAGUCACACUGGCAACAAUAACAAAUCUAUUCAAUUUUUGUUUUACUUCUGGUGCAGAGGCACAUGUGUCCAUAGAACAACUGAAGGAAGAUGAAGGGUUUUCAAGUUCACCCCCCAACCAUUUAAUUACUGGAACAAGGGAGGCAAAAUAAAGCAGGCAGAGGAAUCUUGAGGUGACCCAACAUGGAGAGUUGAACUGGAUUUGCUCCCUUGGUUACCUUCAGAAUUAAGGAGUUAUUGGCUUCUACAGUUUUGAAAGGAGAUUGAAGAAGGAAGCAUAUAAAUAAAGGUGAUUAAAAACUGUUG